AUGAAUGGAUAUAUUAAAAGAAUACACCUGGAUCUUCAAAAAAAAUUUUGGGAAAAAGUUCUUAAUUUAUUCAUAGCUAUAAACUCAAAUUGUAUUACUAGAGAAUUAUCACCUUAUUAUCAUCAACUAAUCAAAGUUCUAAAACAACACGUUAGCGUUUAUUUUCAUCUUUUUCGAAUUUUUAUUUUAUUUUACACCCACAAGAACACGCUUUAUUUCUCGGAACAAUUCAAAGGAGGGGGGCAUCCGAUAUUAUUUUUUUUUUGUUUUCUCUUUUGUUUUAAGAGAAACUAUUGUUUUCAUUCUUGUGAACGGUGGACCUAUUGUUGUUCAUUUGGUGGAACAAUCCCCAAAGUUCGUAGUUUGUUCUUUUUUUUUUUUUUUUGGUAUUUAUGA